AUGGUCCGUCGAAAAAGUUUAAAAGUGCAGGAAAUGGAAUCUCGACUUGCUGAAGCAGUAUUAGGAGUUCAAAAUGGAAAGUAUAAGUCUUCAUAUGAAGCUGCAAAAGAACUGGGGCUUUCUAAAGAUACUGUGACGCGACGCGUCAAAGGGGGUUCAUCGCGUUCUGAAGCACGUCAAUCGCAACAGAAACUUUCUGCUGUACAAGAGAAUGUACUUCUUAAGUGGAUAAAGCAAUUGACAAUUAGCGGCUAUUCAUCAGGCCAUCAGUUGUUAAAAGAAUUGGCUGAGGAGUUACGUUCAAAACGGACUUAUAAUUUGGAUUGCCCCUCAUUUGACUCCCUUGAACUCCCACCACAACACCUUCUUGGUCAUGAAUGGGUUCCACGAUUUAUCAAACGACAUCCUCAUCUUACAGUUGUUAUUGGCCGUCGAAUUGAAUCUGUAAGAAUGGAUGGUGCAACCAGGGAAACAUGUAGUACUUGGUUUGACGCGUAUCAAAAAGCGAUUCAGGAUUAUGGAAUUGAGAAGAAAGACGAAUACAAUAUAGAUGAAUCUGGACAUUCAAUUGGGACAAUGGAAUCAACCCGAAUUAUUAUCGAUUCUACACUUCGUACAAAACAUCAAGCACAUCCAGGCCGUCAAGAGUGGAUUUCAAUGGUAGAGUGUAUUUGUGCGGAUGGAUCCAUUCUUCCACCACUCGGGAUUUUUAAAGGUAAAAACGUCCUUCAAAAUUGGAUUCCGAAGGAAGUUCUUGGUAGCUGGUUCUUUUCAGCAAAUACAAAGGGCUGGACAAGCAAUCUUCAUGGAUUAGAAUGGCUAAAACGCGUUUUCGAACCUGCAACUCAUGCAAAAGCAGAUGGCAAAUAUCGGCUUCUCAUCUGCGAUGGCCACGAUUCUCAUAUUAGUGGAAGCUUUAUAGCUCACUGCCUUCAAAAUCGAAUUGUACUUCUUAUACUUCCUCCUCAUACCUCGCAUUUGCUUCAGCCACUUGAUGUUGCGGUUUUCGGUCCAUUGAAAAAACGGCUCACCGCAGCACUUUCUGAUUUGAAUCAAGCUCAACUUGUACGAAUACAAAAGAUUGAAUGGAUGGAGGCAUAUAUUAAAGCUCGAGCCGAUGUAUGCCAUCAUCAAAAUAUCGAAUCGGCAUGGCGGGGAGCUGGGUUACAUCCAUUUAAUCCACAGAGAGUGUUCCGUACACUGGGUCGAGAGUUUACCCCCGAAGUCGAAAUAUCCAAAGAACCAACCCAAUUUGAUAUUUUUAAUCAAGUCUUCGUCAAUAGCUCACCCCCGGAUGUAGCAAUCUUACAAACAGCAAAUAACCUUUUAAAUUCAACAAUUGAAAAUGAUACAACUCUUUCAACCCCGGUUCGUCAAUACAUUCGAAAAUUGACGAUUGGGAGUGAGCAACUUCGAGCUCAAAGUAUUGUUCACCAACACGAUGCGAAUAAUUUACGAGCUAUUAUGAAGAAACGUACGAUACGUAAGAAAGGAAAGAGACUAGUUUUGAAGGGCCAUUUUCAUAUUUCUACGCAAGAAUUAUGUGAUGCAGUAGUGGAAGCCGAAAAAGCUACUAAAGUACAGACAAUGAAAAAAGGAAAAGGGAAAGGGAAAGUAAUUGAAUAUGAGACUGAAACUGAAGAGGAUAUUGGAGAAGAAGUUGAAGAUGAAUCUGAAAGUGAUAUUGGAGAUUGUAUUAUAGUUGAUUGUUGA